AGGAGGGGAGCCAACGGCCAAGGAAGGGAACGGUUUGCUCAGUGCUCGAUUAGUCUGGCGAUAUUCAGUGCGGUGUUCUACUGAUUCAGUCUGCAAAUGUAAGCACUUUGAAAAAGCGUGCGUUGUGUGUAUCUCUGCGAAUGUAUGGGGGAGACUGGAGGGUUUUUUUGAAGGAAUUAUCUUAGCGGAGUUCAGAACAGAGGUAAAGUGAUACAGCAGCCUCCCACAACUUUUAAGUAUAAUCACUUGUAAAAGUCCCAGGAAUUCAGAUGCUCUUGUGCUCCUGCAGCAAUGCCAGAAGGUCCCUCUGUAAAGAGAUUCCAAUUACGCUGCUCUCCCUUUGUGGGUCAGACAGUGACCAAAGUGGGAGGACAUACUAGACAGAUGAACCCUGAUGAUCUGAAGUCGCUUACGCUGUGGGACACUCAGAUCCAUGGGAAGAAUGUAUUCCUGGCAUUUGGCACCAUUCAGGAAGUGGUACCCUGCUGUGGCAAUGCUUCUCCUGGACCAUCUGAAUGCAGGCCACCUGUUCCAGAAACAGCCACUAGGGGGGACAACUCCCUUCUCUUGAGGAUGGAAGGAGAUGCUCACCAACCACAGUGCCAUCUGCUGGAGGAGCCUGAAGUCAAUGAAUUGCCACUGCUUACAGAUAAUGCUGCUAGGCAGCCCAGGAAGUGGCUACGCUUCCAUUUCGGUCUGUAUGGCAGCAUCCGAGCCAACGAGUUUGCAAGGGCCAGUAAGGCAAACAAAAGAGGGGACUGGAGAGAUCCAAUUCCAAGGCUGAUCCUGCACUUCAGCAGUGGGGGCUUCCUUGUCUUUUACAACUGCCGAAUUUACCAGUGUUCUUCUCCCACUGCCCAGCCAGCUACUGACAUCUUGAACCCAGAGUUUGAUCGGGAGCAAGCACUGGAAGCCCUUUGUAAAGCCACUCCCGUGUGCUAUACUCUCCUGGACCAAAGACAUUUCUCAGGGCUGGGGAACAUCAUUAAGAAUGAAGUUCUGUAUCUGGCAAAGAUCCACCCGCUUUCCCUUGGAUCUCUCUUGCCACCCUCUGCACUCAAAUCCUUGGUUGAUCAUGCCAUUCAGUUCAGCUUGGAGUGGCUCAACAGCAAGCUACAUGGAUGUGGGUUACACCCACAGAUCUAUGGGAAGGACAAGUGUCCCAUGGGGCAUGAGGUGAUGAAGGGAGCCUUUGGGCCUGUGGAUGGCUUGAAAAGACUUACCUGGUGGUGUCGUCAGUGUCAGCUUGAAGUGCUACCUGAAGAGAUUCACAGUAUCUGAAGUGUUGAGUUCCCUUCCUCCCUGCCCUUUGCAUAGAUCCCGUGGCAGUCAGAUUCUGGUAGGAGGACGAAAUCCAACCACUAUUGAAAUAAGAGCUAGGCCGUGUUAUGGUGUCCAUGGAGAUACCACCAAAAAUUAUCCAUCCCUAUCCUGGCAUUUACAUAGUGGAUCUUCAUGAUCUGUCAAUUGUCUCUGUCCCGUUACUUUGUUUCUGUUAUUUAGUUUAGGUUUCUACCAGUAAAGAUGUUGGCUGCGAAACUGCAAAUGGCACGGCUGGGACAAGGAAUGCUUGCCAGUGAGGAGGCCAUUUUUGACAGCACCACCAAUCAUAGCAAUAGAAGAUGUGCUUUAGCCUGGGGUCAUACCCUUCUUUGACUCAAAACUGUUCAGACUGUUCUGUUCCUUAAGCUCUUGUGUUAUUAUUUAUAAAAUGUACAUAUGUAUUAUUCAAUGCUUGUACUUUGGUUCAUGUAAACAAUAAAGGACUAGUUCUUGUUUAACAUUGAAA